GGCACCCAUCCCGACCUGAUCCCUCCCCGGUCCCGGAGGGCUCCCCGGGCCCCCUGCCCCACGGCGCGCGGACUUCCCACUGCGACGAAGUUUUUUCCUUGUGCCUUCUUGAGGAUUUAUCGCUAGCUUUAGAACGCCCCUUCUGGCGAGCUUGACUUUCUCGGUUUGUUUUGGGAGAUAACUGAUUUUGCUCCAACCCAUAGCCCCUUUCCUUGACCCUUUCCAAUCGGAUGUUCUAGAUGACUGAAUGGAGUUUUGAGUUGGACUUCUGUGUCCCUUACGGAGUCGGGCCUGAUCCCAGAGCAUUGGGGGUGGGGUGGAGGUGUUACUGUAAAAUGCAAGUUGGAUAAAAGGAGAACCUCUCGCCAAGGGCCCCAAUGAGUGGCACACAGUCUACUAUCACCGACAGGUUUCCUCCCAAAAAACCUAUAAGGCAUGGAAGUAUUUUGAACCGAGAGUUACCAACAGAUAAGAAGCAGAAAGUUGAGCGCAGUACAUCGCAUGAUUUUGACCCCACAGAUAGCUCCUCCAAGAAGACAAAGUCUAGUUCAGAGGAGAGUAGAUCCGAGACAUAUGGUCUUGUUCAGCGUUGUGUGAUUAUCCAGAAGGACGACAAUGGAUUUGGGCUGACGGUCAGUGGAGACAAUCCAGUCUUCGUACAGUCUGUCAAAGAAGAUGGAGCAGCCAUGCGGGCUGGAGUACAGACAGGUGAUCGAAUCAUCAAGGUGAAUGGAACUCUAGUGACUCAUUCAAACCAUUUGGAGGUGGUGAAGCUAAUCAAAUCUGGUUCCUAUGUAGCGCUCACUGUUCAGGGACGCCCACCUGGGUCGCCCCAGAUUCCACUAGCUGAUCCUGAAGUAGAGCCAUCAGUCAUUGGACAUAUGUCUCCCAUCAUGUCAUCCCCUCAUUCACCUGGAGCGUCUGGGAAUAUGGAGAGAAUCACUAGUCCUGUGCUCGUGGGGGAGGAAAACAAUGUGGUUCAUAACCAGAAAGUAGAAAUUCUGAGAAAAAUGUUACAAAAAGAACAGGAGCGACUACAGUCAUUGCAGGAAGAUUACAACCGGACACCUGCCCAAAGAUUGCUAAAAGAGAUCCAAGAGGCCAAGAAGCACAUUCCCCAGCUGCAAGAGCAGUUAUCCAAAGCCACAGGCUCUGCUCAGGAUGGAGCUGUAUUUACACCCUCCAAGCCUUUAUGUGAUGCAGUAACGGUCAGUGACGUGGAAGCAGAUCCUGGUGAUGGACUAGGCAGACUUGACUCCAGCAGUGGCGAUGGUUCUCGGCCCAGUAGUGACAAUGCAGAUAGCCCCAGGAGUGGCCUGAAAGAGAGGAUUUAUCUAGAAGAAAGCCCAGACAAAAGCGAAGUCAUUCCGGACACCGAUACUCAGUCACUUAUCGGGAGUCCUUCAACCCGUAUAACACCUCAUAUUAUUGGGGCAGAGGAUGAUGAUUUUGGCACUGAACAUGAACAGAUCAAUGGACAGUGCAGCUGUUUCCAGAGCAUUGAACUGCUAAAAUCUCGUCCUGCUCAUUUGGCUGUUUUCUUACACCAUGUGGUUUCACAGUUUGACCCUGCAACAUUGCUCUGUUAUCUCUAUUCAGACCUGUAUAAACAGACCAAUUCCAAGGAGACUCGUCGAGUCUUCCUUGAGUUUCAUCAGUUCUUCCUGGAUCGAUCUGCACACCUGAAAGUUUCUGUUCCUGAUGAAAUAUCUAUAGACCUAGAAAAGAGAAGACCAGAGCUUAUUCCUGAGGAUCUGCAUCGCCAUUAUAUCCAAACUAUGCAAGAAAGAGUUCACCCAGAAGUUCAAAGGCACUUGGAAGAUUUCCGGCAAAAGCGUAGUAUGGGGCUGACUUUGGCUGAAAGUGAGCUGACUAAACUCGAUGCAGAGCGAGACAAGGACCGGGUAACUUUGGAGAAGGAACGGGCAUGUGCAGAACAGAUCGUUGCCAAAAUUGAAGAAGUGUUGAUGACUGCUCAGGCCAUAGAAGAAGAUAAAAGUUCAACAAUGCAGUAUGUUAUUCUCAUGUACAUGAAGCAUUUGGGUGUAAAAGUGAAAGAACCUCGAAAUUUGGAGCACAAGCGAGGUCGGAUUGGAUUCCUUCCAAAAAUCAAGCACAGCAUGAAGAAAGAUAGGGAAGGCGAAGAAAAAGGGAAGCGAAGAGGAUUCACCAGCAUCCUGGGACCCCCAAGGAGACCAAGCCGCCAUGACAACAGUGCGAUUGGCAGAGCCAUGGAACUACAGAAGCAGCGCCAUCCUAAACAUUUAUCCACACUCUCAUCAUUGAGUCCUGAGACUCAAGACUCUGCUAAGUUGCGCCAGAGUGGAAUAGCAAAUGAAGGACCAGAUAUUGGAUAUCUGCCUGCCAAUCCCACGUCCUCUGUGGUUGCAGGGACCACUCUUUCCCAGGAAGGAGGGAAAGAGAAUGAUAUGGGGUCAAAGCAAGUUGGAGAACCACCAACAUCUGGAGACUCCACAGAUGGCACACCUCGUACCCCUAAUACCGUCUUCGAUUUCCCACCUCCUCCAUUAGACCAGGUGCAGGAGGAGGAGUGUGAAGUAGAAAGGGCGAUUGAACAUGGGACACCAAAGCCUUUUCGAAAAUUUGACAGCAUAGCCUUUAGAGAAAGUCAAAGUGAGGAUGAACAAUUUGAAAAUGACUUAGAGACAGAUCCACCCAACUGGCAGCAGCUUGUUAGUCGAGAAGUGUUACUGGAACUAAAACCUUGUGAGAUCAAAAGACAGGAAGUGAUUAAUGAAUUGUUCUACACUGAAAGAGCUCAUGUCCGAACACUGAAGGUUCUUGAUCAAGUGUUCUAUCAGCGAGUGUCCAGGGAAGGAAUUUUGUCACCUUCAGAACUACGGAAAAUUUUCUCAAAUUUGGAAGAUAUUCUUCAACUUCAUAUUGGAUUGAAUGAACAAAUGAAGGUUGUUCGAAAGAGGAAUGAGACUUCUGUUAUUGAUCAGAUUGGGGAAGAUUUGCUGAGCUGGUUCAGCGGAGCAGGAGAGGAGAAGUUGAAACAUGCUGCUGCUACCUUUUGUAGUAACCAACCUUUCGCUCUGGAAAUGAUCAAGUCUCGUCAGAAAAAGGAUUCUCGAUUCCAGACUUUUGUGCAAGAUGCUGAGAGUAAUCCGCUGUGUCGUCGUCUGCAACUGAAGGAUAUCAUUCCCACCCAAAUGCAGAGGCUUACUAAGUAUCCUCUUUUAUUGGAUAAUAUUGCCAAAUAUACAGAGUGGCCAACAGAAAGAGAAAGGGUGAAGAAAGCUGCAGAUCAUUGCCGUCAGAUCUUAAAUUAUGUAAAUCAGGCUGUCAAGGAGGCAGAAAACAAGCAGCGCUUAGAAGAUUAUCAGCGUCGCCUCGAUACCUCCAGUCUGAAGCUGUCGGAGUACCCGAAUGUGGAAGAGCUCAGGAAUUUGGAUUUAACAAAAAGGAAGAUGAUUCAUGAAGGGCCGUUGGUUUGGAAGGUGAAUAGAGAUAAAACGAUUGACCUAUACACACUGCUGCUGGAAGACAUUCUUGUACUAUUACAAAAGCAGGAUGAUAGACUGGUGCUAAGGUGUCACAGUAAGAUUCUGGCAUCUACAGCUGAUAGCAAACACACGUUUAGCCCUGUCAUUAAGCUGAAUACAGUGUUGGUUCGACAAGUGGCCACAGAUAACAAAGCGUUAUUCGUCAUUUCCAUGUCAGACAAUGGAGCCCAAAUUUAUGAACUAGUGGCUCAGACAGUUUCUGAAAAGACCGUCUGGCAGGACCUAAUCUGUCGGAUGGCUGCAUCAGUGAAAGAGCAAUCCACAAAACCAAUUCCAUUACCAGAGUCACCACCUUGCGAAGGAGACAAUGAUGAAGAAGAACCUUCAAAAUUAAAAGGGGAACAUCGUGGCAUUUCAGGCACUGGCCUGCAGAGUCCAGACAGAGAUUUGGGAUUAGGGUCUCCCUUAAUGUCCUCAAAAGCUCAGGCUCGUUCACUGGGCACCGCUGAGAAACCGGAGGUUGACGAGUUCUUGGCAGCUGAGAGACCCUUUGCAGAGGAGCGGCACGCAGAUGGGGCCCUAAAGGAGCUUGGAGUCGGUUACCAAAUCUCAAUCCCAGGUCCGCAUCUUCCUGUCUCAGAGGAACGGUGGGCAUUGGACGCCCUAAGGAAUUUGGGUUUGUUGAAGCAGUUGCUGGUACACCAGCUAGGUUUGACUGAGAGGAGCACUCAGGAAGACUGGCACCAUUUCCCGAGAUCUAGGACAGCCUCUCAGGGGGUACAGGCAGAGAGUGGAAUCCAGAACUCUGAAAAUAUUAAAGCCUAUCAUCCUGGUGAAGGACAGAUGCCCUUUAGAACUGGAACUGGUAACAUUUCUGCUUAUUGCAGUCCGAGGACUUCAACUGAAUCUUCUGCUCCACGGGAUUCAGUGGUACUGGCAUCCCAUGAUAGCCAGGCAGGUAACAUUGUAGUCAUGGACCAUAUGAAUAUGACCCCAGAGAUGCCUAGCCCGGAGCCUGAAGGGGGUCUGGAUGAGAGUGGAGAGCACUUUUUCGAUGCCCGUGAAGCACAUAGUGAUGAUAAUCCAUCCGAAGGCGAUGGAGCCAUUAAAAAGGAAGAGAAGGAUGUUCAUUCACGCAUCUCAGGAAACUACUUCAUCCUUGAUGGCUAUGAGACCGUGCAGGAGAGCUCCACAGAUGAGGAGGUUGUCUCCUCGCUUCCCCUGCAGCCUACGGCAGGCAUCCCCUCUACGGACUCUACCUACCAGCAGCAGCAUUCUCCCCAAGAUGCUCAUUCUGAUGGGGCAAGCUCACCCUUCACCCCAGAAUUCCUGGUCCAGCAACGCUGGGGAGCUAUGGAGGAUUCCUGUUUUGAGAUCCAGAGUCCCUCUUCUUGUGCAGACUCACAAAGCCAGAUCAUGGAGUACAUCCAUAAGAUAGAGGCUGACCUUGAACACUUAAAGAAGGUGGAGGAAAGUUACACCAUUCUUUGCCAAAGGCUGGCUGGAUCAGCCCUCACAGACAAGCACUCAGAUAAAAGUUAGAGCCGCGCGUCCUGGAGGGACUGAAGGUUGUUGGAUUUUGAGCAUCAGCGCUGUAUCACCGCAUCCCGGCUCCAGCGUGGACGCAGAGAGUGUGCCAGAGGGUCUGCCUGUGAACCACCUGGGGCUGGCCAUGUCCCAGUGUGCCCAAAGCGGGACUCGUUCUUCACAGUCUGGCAGCUGCACUAGUCUGUCUGUGAGGGGAUGUCCGUUCUCUCACUCUGCUCUCCUCACUAUUGGAAAUUCACUUUGAUUCUGAACAAAAACCAAAUGUACAGAGCUUUGGGUGUAGGAUAUGAAAUUGUACUUAGACUUAAGAAAAAGAAAAAAAAAAUCAAAUGUAUUUAUUUGACUUCAUUCCGUAUUUGAAAGCACAUUUUAAUUUUUAUUCUGCCAUGUUUUGUUUUAAUUAAGUAGUGAGAGUUUUAGCCCAUUGUAUUUAGUACACCCAAGGAUCAACUGCUCCUGAAGCAGAGUUCUGGAUGGGGUUUUCGGAGGUUGGGUAGAGAGGUGAAGAAGAUGAGGAAGUGAGAAGGGGGACGAGGAAGGGGUACUCCUUGCUCUCUGCUGUUCAGUUAGGCUGCCUCUCUGAGGGUCACCUCAGGGGCACAGUGUGCUGUGUGGCUCUUACGUGCAGAGGACUUGAGAGCUGUGUGCUACGCAGGUGGUCAGAGAGUAGGUCCCCCGCGAGGCAAGCACCUCUUCUCUGUAGCUGGCAUCAACCCCCAAUUAAUAGGAAUCCUCAGUGUACUAAAUAGCCAGGCACUUGAAAAUGGGUAUGUUUUCUUCUCUUGUCUUCUUUUCUAUUGAGGGUUGGGAUUUGGGAGGGAAAGGAAAGCAAAUUUUAUUUUCUUGACUAUAAAUUUGUUAUUCUUGGUAUUGUUUCAUUUUUAUAAUUAUACAUUAGACUUUGGCAUUUGUGUAAAAUUAUCCCUGCAGCUCAAGCAGGAAGUAAAAACAAAUGGAACUGCUUCAGACGGUGGUAGGGGUGGGGGUUGCUAAGGAAGGGUGGGAUGGGAGUGGGUAAAGAGUUUGGGAAGGUUAUCUAACUGAAUCACUACUGAGUUAAACCAUGGCUGUCAUUAGCCACGGGUACUGCUGAUUCUAAGGCCAGUAAAAUUUUAGUACCUGGAGGUUUGACUCUAAUUUUUGCACUGAUGGUGCCAAAGGGCUCUCUGAGUCAGAAGGAGAGCCAAGGGUGGAGUGGAGAGAGAGGAGGUGGAAAAGGCAGAACUGCCCAAAACGUGCUCCAGAAGUACACUCUCUGCCUUCACUGCCAGAGCUCUUUCCACACUGGUGCAUGGCUGACCUUCAAAAUUGCAGACCAGAACAUACACUGGAUACUGCAGGCAAGGCGUUGGUAACUGCCUGCUCUGGGAUGACGGUGGUACCGGCAACACCCUACAGAGAAUAAAUGUUUCAGAAUUGUCACUUGAGAACUCCUUCAAUUAUAUUGGGUUUCUGUGGUUUUCUUUGUACAUCAGGUAUAUAUAUGUUUUGAAGUAUUUCUGCCAACUGAAACCAAAUCAUUUGCCAAAUCUGUAAAUUCUGUUAAUAUACAAGAAACUCGUCCACUGCUCACAGCCUUCUAUAGUGCCCUCUGGUCUCUGUGGGUAGUAGUCAGGAUGUAAUUGGUAUUUUCCUGCAGUCAAAAAAAAAAAUUUUUUUUUUCUUAUGACAAAUAGUAAGGAUUCCCAACUACUUUUAUAAACACUUCUGCAACUUAACAAGCUCGUCUAUGUCCAGAUGGCUAUUUCUGUCUUUUCAAAACUGAUCUCUGUUUUCAGAUGGAUCCCCUUGGAUCUUUGGACCUCAUCUAUGAACUAGAAUUAUCUUGUGAGUUGUAUAUCAAGUAUAACUUAAAUCAGAAGGAAAUAAAAACAUUUUAGAAAGGGAGGCUUAUCUGGUGACGCUUGGGACCGGAAACGAUCUGUAUCUCUUAGGAGAAGCAAGUAGAAACCAAAUGGUUACACUGGGCUGCUGAAAUGUUGUAGCUGUACACCUGCAGCCACUUGACACUAACACUGUCAGCUGGCAGGUAAUCAGGAGAAAGGUAAAUAUAAUAGAACUUUCAUCUGAACUUCAGACACUACAGGGUAAUGACGUAAUUCUGUAGUGCUUAAUUAAGCUUGUGGGUUAAGCAAAGUUUUCGGUUGUCUUUUAGCUCAGCCAAUAACCUGGCCUUAGCUUUUCUUGUUGCCCAGUUUAACCUCCCCUGGGAACAGUAACAGGGCUAACUGGGAAGAUACUUUGACCGUAGCUCUAGUACUUCUGAAUAAAUUCAUUUUUUUUUUUCCUUCCAAAUAAAGCCCCCAAGACGAAGUUUUCUUUUGAAAAGAUCCCACAAUUUUGAGUGUUGUUUUCAUCUUACCGGCUUAAUGUCUUCGCUCCGCCUCCCCAGCCUGGCACCCCACACCUUUCAUUUCAUUUUGACUGUAAUUUCCUUACAGUCGCAUCCAUUUUUACUUUGAUACUUAUAUCAGCCUUUCGGGAUGAUGGAAUUCGAUAUUCAUCCUGUCUUUGGGUGAGACCUGUUACUCUGUUACUCUCAGAGUGUUUUUCGCGAAGCUGUGUGACUACAAGUUGGAAUCUACUUCAUUUACCUGACGACACAGGACGGUGGACAAGGCAGCCUUCCCAGAGCUGGAGAGCUGGGGUUUAGCUACUGAAGUGACCUGCUGUGACACUGCGCUCUCUCCUGGGGGCUUAAUGGCUCCUCUGCUAUUAAGUGGCAAAUUACAUUUGGAGUGUCUCCUUCCUCUUCAGAGAACAGAGUUAAUCAAGGCAAAUCAGCAAGCCCCCAAAGUACUCUAAUUUAAAAUCGUGAUUACUGUCCUAGAAGCCAUAUGUUUUGCAUACUUUAUAAAAUCAGCUAACUUGGACUGCUUGAGUUAUCUUGGCUUUUAGGACCUAAAAUGUUAACUAUUUAUGGUGUAAUAAAUAGUUUUUUGGCUUUCUCUUCCCCUAAAAUAACUAGCACUGUUAGAAAGGACAGGUCCCCUUUUAAAAAGUUUUGUUGUUGUUUGUUUCAGGGGGUGGCAGGGCUAAUGUGACAGUAGAGGAGAAAAGUCCAUUUUCUUCUUUUUGGAAGCUAAAGAAAAUAUGCUUCCAGCCAGUUUUCUUUUCCUUGCAUACUUUUCUCUCUCUCUUUCUCUUUGGUGUUGGUAAACUUGGUGUAUUACACGGGCCUACAUAUUUUAAAUGGGAAGCUGUAUUCUCUGAAGUUGAUGUGUGAUGUUGUUUGGAGCGACUAGAGCUUUGGUCACUCGUUCCUUCCCGUCUGCCACACAGGGCACCACCAACCUGUGCAGAGGACCUCAAAACCCAGAAAUGAGGGGACCUUCCCGGGAACUUUCUGCUGGCUCGUAUCCCCCCCUAGUAUUACAAUUUUUGUUUUGUAAAUCAUAGAGCUUUUUUUUUUUUUUUCCUGAUUUUGCCCCUCCUUUUCAAAGCGAUCUACAAAAUUGUUCUCUUUCAAGAAGAGUUUCUUGUGCUGUUUCCUUAUGCCUCCUCCAGUGGUACUGAUGGUUUUGAUCAUAAGUUGGUAGGAAAAAAAUGCACCUCCUAGAAGGAAGCCCUCCCCUCGUUCCCAGGCGCCAACUGCUAAGCGGACAUACUGCAGAAAUGGUAACUGUUAUGUGCACACUGUUGGUUAUUUUUAAUAAGCCUCUUCCUGUUAGAACAUUUUAUUCUCCUUGUUCACCAUACAAUCAUGUACUCUUUAACAGAAAUUGCUUUAAAAAAAAAAUCUGGAACUAUCUUUUAAAAAUCUUUAUUAAUAAUCAUGUAUUUUUACUGAUCACAUUUUGAAAUGCCUAAAAGACUUUAUUGUUCUAAUUAUCCAGAUGUACCUUUGUAAAAUAGCUCUUUUAUGAAUUAGCUGAUAAGGCUGUAUGUUUCUGGAACAAAAUAUUGGUCAUCUAAAAACUUUCUGUUUUCUGGGGUCUGGGAAAAUAGAAAAUGAGAGUUCAAAUAUUAAAUAAGCUUAAAGGAACCAAAUACUUGACUUUUUAUUUGUAUUCUUGUUUUUUUUUCUCUUUGUGCUAGUUAUAUUAGAAAAGUUGAGGAGCAGAGGAGGCCUUAAUUUACCUGCCUGGUGGUUACUUCCUGCUUCAUGGGAGCAUCUUCACUAGUGAGAGUGGCCAGUUGAUCUCAGUAACUUACAAACCUCCACGAGAAAACUGGCAAGCCGGGAUUGGGGAACGCCUAGUGUCUGGGGCAGCUUUUAUGAUUCACUUGACGAUAACUUUGGCCUACUGCUACCCUAAAUGAAAAGAAGAAGAAAAAAAAAAAAGUAUUAUCAUUUCUAUCCCCCAAUCCCAGGCUUCCUAACGAACAUUUCUAUGUUCUAGUGGAUACCAGUUUACCCAGAAAGCUCACUCAGUUUUGGUCUUUUCUGCAGGUUGGUUUUGAAGUAGACACGUGAUUUGACUUAUCCUUGAGAUGGUGUUUUUGUUUUAAGUCAUUCACAGGGCACAUUUGGCUACCAGAUCUAAUAGAGCAUAACAAAAACACUUAGUAUUUUUUAAGGAUCUUUUAAACAUGUAAAAAAUGAACGGCAUUCAAAUGUGCUUUGCAUAAGAGCAGUUCACCUGUUUGUGAUAGAACAAUACCUAUACCAUUCUCACUUGCUCCUAGAUAGCCGGCAAAACCAAACCAAACCCAUUGCUGUCGAGUCAGUUCUGAAUCACAGUGACCCUACAGAACAGAGUAGAACUGCCCAAAGGGAUUCUAAGGAGCGCCUGGUGGAUUUGAACUGCCAACCUUUUGGUUAGCAGCCGAACUCUUAACCACUAUGCCACCAGGGUUAGCCAUCAUCCAGUAGAAAUGGAGAAAAUGACACUAUAUUUGCAUGUGAGCAGUAUCUUGACUUUUUGCUGAACUCUUUCAAGCCAAGUGACUGGCUUUCCAAAGGUUUAAUACCAACUUGAAAGACAAGAGGCUCUACCCUGAUUAAAAAGCUGCUUUUCAGUUCAGCAUGUCUUCCCGCUAUGGUGAGUGUUGUAAAACAUUACAGAUAAAUAGCUGGAUGUCUUUCCUAUUUUCCCCCAUAAUGUCAAGUAUAAUUAUUAUUACUAGUUGAAAGCACUUUCUUGAUUUUAGUUGUCAGGGAAUGUUUGUUUUGCCACCUAUUAUUACUAGUGAAGAGAGAGCUGGUGGUGCAAUGGUUAAGCACCAGCUGCUAACUGAAAUAUUGGCAGUUCGAGCCCACCAGCUGUUCCAUGAGAGAAAGAUGUGGCAGUUUGCUUCCAUAAAGAUUUACAGCCUCGGAAACCCUGUGGGGCAGUUCUGCUCUGUCCUGUAGAGUCUCUGUGAGUGUAAUGGUUUUAUUACUAGUGAGAUAUCAGCAUUACCUUAGCGUCAGCUGAGGCCUUGGUUUGAAAUCAUUUAAAGUGGGGAAAACUCUGGUGGUGCCAUGAUUAAGAGCUCAGGCUGCUAUCCAAAACGUUGGCAGUUUGAAUCCACCAGCCACUCCUCGGAAGCCCUAUGGGGCACUCCUACUCUGUCCCAUAGGGUUGCUACGAGUGGGAAUUGACUGGAAGACAACCGGUAAAGCUCUCUUGCUAGCCUUUCUGUGUUUGAUUAGGGUGCUUUAGGACCUACCAAUAAUUUAAGGCUUCCCUUAGAACAUUUAUUCGAGGGUAUUCCUUUCUUUGCACAGGGACCAUAGGGGUGGGGCUGCCUGAACACACCCUGCUCAGUAACACUAAUUAGGGUACAUCUUGGUAAUCUGUUAUAAAAUGUUUACAAAAGUAUCUCUACAGAGAAUUUUUUUCUAUCAUUUUUAAUAUUAAAGAUAGGUAGCAUGAUAUAGUACAGCAGUUCUCAAUCUCUUCUAUCUCAGGACCCCUUUCUAUGCUCAAAAAUCAUUGAAGCCUUUAUUUUAUUAAGGAGCUGAUUUUCAUGUGGAUUAUAUUGACAUUUACCUUAUUAGAAAUUAAAAUGAGAAAACUGAAGCAUCUAUUAAACUGAAGCAUCUAUUAAGUCUUUUAGAAAUAAUACUAAACAUGUUACAUGAUAACGUAAGUCCCAUUUUUAUGAAAAACUCCUGUAUUUUCCACAAUAGGAAAAAUUUAUUGCGAUGUCCAUAGUUCUUCAAAUCUCUUUCAGUGUCUGGUUGAAUAGAAGACAGCUGAGUUAUCACGUUGGCUCUGCAUGCAGUCUUUUGUGAUAUGUUGCUCUGAAGUAUAUGAAGAAAAUCCAGCCUCACACAAAUAUAAGUUUAGGAAAGGAAGGAGUAUUUUAAUGGCCUUUUCAGAUAAUAGUGAAUAUUCUUCUUUGAUGCUACACCAAAAUUUACAAAGCGGUAGUUUCUUAAAGGAUUACUGCAAUGUGAAAUCUGAAACCAAAGAACUUUUUGUACUCUUCCAUUAAAGCCCAUCGGUCUAAUUUAAACUUGAAAUGUGCAAAAGAUGGGAUCUUUUACCCAUGCAUGAUUUUGUAACAUCCUGUAUCGGACCUUUGGAAAGUAUUAGUUCACUGAGUUAUGCAGGUCUUCCAAAGUUAUGACACAUUUCUUUAUACAAUAAAAAAAAAAAAGACAUUUGUUAAUAUCGCUACUGACCUCAUCGGAAAAAUCUCAGGGUGGUGGAUACAAAUUUCCCAUAAUUCUAAUUUGUCCUUGAAAACUUGGAUUUCAUCCUUGGCAACAAAUACAGUUGUUUUCCUUGAAAUGACAGGCUCACUUUCUUUGUUUUUGAGAAAAUGCCUGCCAGAUACCCACAUCUGAAUAGUAAUUGCUUAUUAGUGAUUUUUUUCAAGUAAAAAUGGUCUUCCAUUAAAAAAAAAAAAAGGCGACUGGU